AUGAGUUAGUAUUGCAACUACAAGGAUCAUGAUGAAGGAAAAAUUAUUGGAGUUUGUACAAAUCUAAAUUGCAAAUAUAGAGGAGGAUUAUGCAUUAAUUGCUUGAAAGAAUUCCAUAGAAAUCAUAGUUAAGUGUAUUUAUUAGAUCUCAAUGGUUUAUAACAAAAUUGGUAAUAGAAAUUUAAAACUUAUGGUAAAUUAAAAAGUCUUUAAUAACAUUUUAAUAGAGUUAAAUCUGUUUUAGAUGAUAUGAUUGUUAGAUUCAACAUUGAAGUACAAGAAUAAAACUUUGAAAAUUAUUCUCUAUCCAAAUUGAAAGACUUAACUGAAAAAUUAGCAUAUCUUGGUUUGAUAGAGCAAUAUAUAAACCCCUUAGAAGAUCUAAUUUAACGAAUAUAUGCUUAAAUCAAGUCUGUGAAAGACUUAUCUAUUAUUUAAUUACGAUUCUCAAACGAACUCAAGUCUGAUAAUAUUUAUCUUAACAUUGAAGGAAGUAUUGCAUCUACUUCUGAUGAAUCAUUUGGAUUUGUUUUAUGCGAAACUGGGGUGAAUAAGGAGUCAUAAGUGUAAGAAUUUACUUUUAAGAUUUUGAAAAUGGAUUGGAUUGCAUUAGGAAUUAUUCACAAAGAUCAAGUUCCAAGCAAUAAAAAAAAAUUUGAUAUUUGGGAGAAUUCUUAGCACGGGUAGAAAUUAUAAAUAUACAAGCUGUUAUCUUAUCGAUUCACUUGGUAAAGUAUUCUCUCCUGGAGAAACCAAUAAUUCGAAAAACAAAUUUAAAUUAAAAAAAGAUGAUAUAAUAACAGUUAAGGUAGAUAAAACUAAAAAAAAUGUCUUAUGGACUAAUUAAAACUAGUAAUAAUUAGAGGUAAAAUUUGUGGAAUGAUCAUAUAGAUGAUGGAAUUUGAUGUUAGUUAAAGUAUAUGUCCUAUGGUUUGUCUUCGCAAAUCUGAUGUAUAAGUUAUUAGUUAAACUUGA